AUGGCCAAUUUACUGUCUUUGCAGGUAGACUACAAUACUUGAAAAUCACCAUACAAAACACUAUAGCCUAUUGGAUACGUGGAUCUAUUUUACCAAAAACUGUGUAUAAGGUUUACAAAAAAUUAUCCUCAAGAUUUCUGUUUUUUGGGGAUGUAAACUCUGGUAAGAAGCUUCAUAUGCUAUCCUGGGACAAAAUUUGCAAACCAAAAUCCAAAGGUGGACUGAGUAUUCCUUCUAUACAUGCCUUUCAGUUUGCUUAUCAUUGUUCUGUUAUAUACAGGAUGUAUAAUUGCUCUACUCCUCUUUCAUCCUGGCUACUUACCAAAUACAGAUCUUUGUGGAAGGCGCCUCUGGGGAUUAUAUUGGUGAUGUUUACCUUGAUAUUAUCCCUAAUCUCACGCUUUCUGAGCUCAUUUCUGGAAACACUUGGGAUCUCUCUGGUAAAAUUCAUGCGUCCCUGCAUCAGGGGACAUAUUCUUAAACACACGGUUUUUGUUUGGCUUGCUUUAGCUGGGGGUUUAAAGACCGCUGAUGCUCUCCUUACUAGACAAAUUCACGUUCCUCUUUGCUGCAGCUUAUGUAAUUCUCAUGAAGAAUCUGUGUCCCAUUUGUUUUUGAAUGCCCUUUUUCUUUUGAAAUUCUUAAGGGUAUUAUACCUGGGAUGGGUAUCUUUCUUUUUAGGCCUUCUAUUAUGCAAGUCUUUGACUGGUUAACUAAAGCUUUUCACGAGAAAACUGAAGCUUUAAAAGCUUUCAAGGUGGCUGUAAGCUAUAUUAUUUACUAUAUUUGGAGGAAAGGAACAAUAUAAGAUUUGGUGGGAAUUAUCUAUGCAAGACUACUGUUCUGUUAAGUAUUAAAAGAAAUCUGCAUCUGAAAUUUAUGAAAUGGAAGAAUUCUACAGAACUGUUGGAGAUUUACUAAUGUGCUGGUUGUGCUGGAUGCAAUUUC